AUGGCAUCUCUAAUAGAGAAACAACUCUUCAAAUCCCUCUUCUCAUUCUUCUUUUUGGUUUUACUUUUCUCCGAUACUGUCUUAGGAUCACGAAAAACACUCGNUAACAUCGGUAAAGACAGAGGGGUUUUGAACGAUCAGAUUUUCGCUAUAAUGGUUUUAAUGGCCAUAUUUACCACGUUCAUGACGACUCCUCUAGUUCUAGCGGUGUACAAACCGGGUAAAUCUUUAGCCAAAGGUGAUUACCAAAACCGAACAAUCGAGGAGACGAAAAAGUCCAACAAACCUCUCCGUCUCAUGUUCUGUUUCCAGAGCAUAAUGAACAUCCCAACGAUCGUCAACCUCAUAGAAGCAUCCCGAGGCUCAAACCGCAAAGAAACUCUAUCGGUCUAUGCAAUGCAUCUUAUGGAGCUUUCCGAGAGAUCAUCCGCUGUACUCAUGGCACACAAGGUCAGGAAAAAUGGACUUCCAUUCUGGAACAAAGACAAAACUGGUAACAAUAGUUCUUCCGACAUGGUCGUGGUCGCAUUUGAGGCCUUCCGAAGACUCAGCCGUGUCUCUGUGCGUCCCAUGACGGCAAUCUCAGCGAUGGCGACUAUACAUGAGGAUAUAUGUCAAAGCGCGGAACGCAAAAGCACGGCUAUGGUGAUUCUUCCGUUUCAUAAGCACGUUAGGCUGGACAGAACAUGGGAGACGACUCGGAACGAUUACCGUUGGAUUAACAAGAAGGUUAUGGAAGAGGCUCCAUGUUCUGUUGCGAUAUUGGUUGAUCGUGGGCUUGGUGGUACGACUCGUGUCGCGUCUAGUGAUUUCUCGUUGGUAAUAACGGUUUUGUUCUUUGGAGGGAAUGAUGAUCGGGAGGCGUUAGCGUUUGCGAUGCGUAUGGCGGAACAUCCCGGGAUAAGCUUAACCGUUGUUCGGUUUAUUCCUAGCGAGGAAUUUAAACCGGAAAAUGUGAAGCUUGAGAUAAUCGAAGAUCAGGCAUCAUGUUCCGGGGAUACCAAGUUGAUUGAUAUAGAAGCUAUAUCCGACCUGAAAGCAAUGAUUGAAGAACAAGAAAGUUCUCUUUCUAAUUCAGAUUCCGAAUCUCUAAUCGUUUAUGAAGAGAAAAUCGUGAAAUGUUACAAGGAAGUUUUCGAGGUUAUCAAAGAGUGUUCUAAAAGCAAUCUUUUCUUGGUGGGGAAGUCACCGGAAGGUUCGGUGGCGUCGGGGUUGCACGUGGAAAGAAGCGAUACGCCGGAGCUUGGACCGAUCGGGAAUUUGUUAACGGCAAGCGAAAAUGUUUCAACAACGGCGUCAGUGUUAGUGGUGCAACAGUACACAGCAAGCCGUGUUCUUCCGGUAGUUGGAGUUACCAAGGACAUCACGACUGAAAAGUCGUUGGUUGAAGAUUCCGAGAGUCGUUAGUGAUUUUUCUCUUUGGGAUUCCAAGACUCGAAAGGUCAAAAGAUUGGCUUGUAUAUAAUAAUAACAUGUGAUUGCAUAUUUUAAAUACCACAAAUAUAUUAUCUUUGUA